CUGGAAAAUAUUAAAACCGAUUUUAUGCAGGUUGCGGUUGGCGACAAAAGGUACUAGAUACAAAAUAUUCAAUAUUCUAGUGCUAGGGCCUACUUUACAUUGAUAUAUGUACAUUGCAGUGCAUUAAAUUACACUACGUGAUACUUGAUGCACUGAAGCACAGGACUAUCAUCGAAUUUCGCAACAUUUGUGAUUGCGUGCCGCACUGAGGGAUAAACUUAGAGCAGUUUCUAAGUUAGGGAGCUGAGAGGAUAGCUUAACCAAGGUCUAGCUCUCCAUGACCAUUAGUCAUCACAGAUGCGAUGGAAGACAACUGGCGAGUUCAAUAAAAACUUCAUAGUGUUUACUGAACGUGAGGAGGAUAUAUCCCUCAUUAAAUCAUCUGCGUUUUUUUCAGUGUCUUACGAUAUUGACAUAAGAUACAACCGGAGUCUGCUUUUUAUUUAGAGAUGAUAACGUUUUUACAGUGAGAGAACUCAACGUGAUCUGAUCGAUUUAGCUGUCAUAAUUAACAAUCACAGCAAAAUACCAUUAUCGUCACUAAAUGUAGCCAACGUGAAUUGAGAUUAUAGGAAUUUUUUGUGCAUACCCGGACGAUACGUUUUUUAAAUAAGGAUACAGAAGUGCAAUACAAUAUACUGCAAAGCUGUGGAAUACGUUGUCCAAUAACAUAUUGUGUACUUUUCUAUCGGUUUUCACCUGAUAAAGCCCACGGACUGAAUCGAGUGCUGGUAUUCAAAGUCAAUAUGUAUACACCAGCAAAUGACGCGUACACUGAGACAAAGGCACCAAGCACCUUUUUUACAUAUCGUGAUAUUCUUGAUACUUUUCAAGGAAUUGAAAUAAAUCUUUUAGAUUUGUAACUGGGAUUCAGCUGAUGAAAUAUCCACCACACGUGCUUGGGAUCUGUGCAGCCAACAGGGAUAGUUAAUUGAUGUACAACUGUCUACAAAAGCUGAUUCGAGACCAAAUGAUAUAUAUCAGUUUCAAUAGCUGUGUGACCAGUGUCUUGUCUUGAGCAAGCACUCCUGAUUAUAUGACUACGCAUUUGGAAGUUCUAACCAAGGAUUUAGCAGUAUAUCUGUACAGUUGCUGCAGAUAUUUGUCAAAUGGUAACUCUGGCUAGUGCCACUUGCUAUGGAUGGCAAAAGACUUUUGUUUUUAUGCAUUCUUCUUGUUGUCUACAUCUGUAUUGGUGCUGGACUAUUCACGGCAGUUGAACACUGGAAGGAAAAGGCUAUACGGGAAGAGUUGACCGUCAUUUACAAUGAAUUCGUUGCGAAUUACUCUUGUGUUAAUGAAACAGAACUGAAACACCUCAUUAGUAGAUUGGACCAUGCAAAAGGUGACGGUGCCAGAAUGGUGGACCCGGAGGACAGGUCAUACGUCUGGGAAUAUGCCAGUGCACUAUGUUUCUGCAUUACAGUAAUAACAACAAUAGGGUACGGCGACAUGGUACCACAGACGGUACUCGGCCAAUGUAUUGUUGUAGGGUACGCACUGCUAGGCAUCCCGCUCUGCCUGAUUGUCCUGGGAGCCAUCGGGGAACGGCUCACCAACCUCGGACGUAAUAUAUCAAAUGUUCGCAUCUCGCGCCAUGCUGCCUUCAACAAAGCCAUCAUGACUAUCGUACUUAUCAUCAUAGGUGUAUGUUUCUUGUUUAUUAUUCCGUCACUGGUGCUCAUGUCGAUAGAAGAAUGGACGUUUUUUACCUGUAUGUACUAUUGUUUUAUUACACUCACAACCAUUGGCUUUGGAACGUAUGUGCCAGGUGAAACCGACUUCCCACCGUAUGGAUGGAAAAGAGACUUCUAUAAAAUAGCUGUAUACGUUUGGAUUCUAACGGGCCUUGCCUACCUCUCAUUAGUUGUCCAAAUUCUUAUUCACGUCAUCAGCGAACGUGCUGAACAAGUCAGUAAAAAAGCGACAGAAAAAGUGGUAGAUUUCAAGAAAGCUAGCGUUAAGUUCACGAAACGUAAAAGCAAAGCUGGACUUGACAACGCCUCAACAGACCAGGACACGCCUGGAGUGCCUAACCGUUCGUUAUCUCUAGAAUACGAUGAUGAACUGGGGGAUAGGCACCUGUAUGAGGAUCUUUGCGAGAAAUGCCGGCAGAUCAUGAUCGCCAACGACCAUAAUGUGCAAUUAGUCAAGGUUUCUAAGAGGGGUGAUGACGAGGAACCUGAGGAGAAUGGGGUGGCGGUCAUUAUUGCGGAUGAACAAUUAUGAUACUGCAGAGAACCGGUAGAGAAUGGAAUUGAGGGUGAGAGUUCAAAUACUAACGUAGAACGAAACAGAGGAUCGGGAUGAAGCAAUGAUUGCAGAUAAAAUAAUUACGAUGCAGAACUGCGUGCGCUCAAGGAAAAGCCGACACAUGUCCGUCCAUUCUUAUUUUUGCAUUAACAUGUUUUAAAUGAAAGUUUUACCGAUAUAUACAGGGCGGAGACCAGUGAUUGAACCGAGUUCAGACUUUUUCGUCCGAAUAUUCAUGUACUGAUCUCUGGAUUCUUUCAGACGAAGUGCACCCUACGGUGUCUGGAGAGAACGCUUUGCUUUCGAGCUGUGCACUGGGGGUAAUGGGUAAAUUCAGUAGAAGAUUCAAAUGCACUGAACGAACAUUCCCGAGAGCUCGGCUGCGGCCUUACUCUGGAAUGCAUAUUUAAGCACAGGCGAUAUUCGUAUAUUGUCAUGUGUGUCUGUGCUGUCAUUGCUACUAGCAUAUCUCUUCGCUACGUGCGUUUGCAAUGUAUUCGGUUGCUAAUUAUUCCUGCCAAGCCUGCUGCAACGGUAUGCAUGAUCAAAUGUGACAAUUAUGCAGAUCACUCCGGUGGAACAUGUAUUUGGUAACGAAUUCAUGAUUUAUGCCCAAUUUAUGGUUUAUAUUUACUGCCGUUUAUUUUAAUGGCUUUGUUGAAUAUUUGAUAAGGCGUUCAUCACGUCAAGAAUGUCUGCCGAUGAGCAACAUAUUGUUUUAUUGACUAUUCAACAUCGAUAUGGGUCUACGUCUCAGUACAGUGAACUUUAAUGGGGUCAUCCAAUACAAAAUGCAGUUAUCAACAUAAAACGAACUCUAGGGGGAAGACCCAGUGGCAAUAUACACAUUUGAUCAAGUGUUGAUCAAUAUUCUCAAAAAUCAAUAUUUUUGAAAGUACUCUGACGGAAGGGGUCUUCCAAAAAGUAGUUAUGGAUGACCCCAGGGUAUUUUAAACUUUCUUGUGAUUGCCAUUUGCGGGUACUGUAUAGCGCCCUCUUUCGUCGAGGACACAAUAACAGCGACACAGUCUGUGAUUUAUGUACAUGUACAUAAAGAUUGUAUACUAUACAUACAGAUACCUUUAUAAAUUAUAAAUUGAAUUUGUCAUUUUGGGAAUAAAUAAAGACAUUUAAAUUGCA